UAUCUCGUGACUGGUCUGGUCUGGUCUCAUUGCUGCUUCCAUUCAAGCUAGGCUAUCAAAUAUACGGCCUUCUAGCUCCGGCAGGGAAGACCUAGGCUCGUAUUUAGCUUUCUAAACAAAGGAAGCUAUCCCGCGCUCAUCGCGUAAUGGCUGCCACCAGCUCCGUCGCAGCUGCCGCGAUGGCCGGCACGAGCGCGCCGAUGGCUGCUGUCACGCGGGCCGUAGCCGGCUCGCCGUUUGCCUCGUCGGCGCUUCCUCCUGCCAGUGCACUCCCUUCAGCCGGCCUCUCCGCGGUGCUCGCUCCGCAGCAGCUGCAGAGCCAGGAGCAGAGGGGAACCGCGAGCCAUGCCGGUCGGAGGAGCAUCGCGACAGCUGCUAAGUCCUCGAAGGCGGAGGCUCCGCUGGACGUGCGCGCGUUCAAGGCGGAGCACGGGGAGGCGGAGCUGGAGGCGGACCCCGCGAGGCUGUGGGAGCGGUACGUGGCGUGGCUGUACACGGACGACGCGCUGGGGCUCGAGCUCGAUAUCAGCCGCAUGGGGGUCACGGACGCCUUUGUCGAGGCCAUGGAGCCCAAGUUCGCGGCGGCGUUCAAGGCGAUGGACGAGCUGGAGAAGGGCGCCAUUUCCAACCCGGACGAGCGGCGCAUGGUGGGGCACUACUGGCUGCGCAAGCCGCAGAUCGCCGCCAACCCCACGCUGCGCAAGGAGAUCGAGGAGACCAUCGACGCCGUGGACGCCUUCGCCAAGGGCGUGGUCGAUGGCACGAUAAAGCCCCCUCCAUGCCCAGCCGGUCGGUACACUCAGGUGCUAUCUGUGGGCAUCGGAGGCUCGGCGCUCGGCCCUCAAUUCGUCUCCGAGGCUCUUGCAGGCACUGACCCUCCGCUGCAGGUGCGGUUCGUGGACAACACGGAUCCGGCUGGCAUCGACCGCCAGCUGGACCAGAUCGGAGCAGAGCUGUCCUCCACACUCGUGCUCGUCAUCUCCAAGAGCGGCGGAACCCCAGAGACGCGCAACGGGCUGUUGGAGGUGCAGAGGGUGUUCCGGGAGAAGGGGCUGGACUUCGCGCGGCAGGGCGUGGCCAUCACGCAGAGGGGGUCGCUGCUGGACGAGACGGCGCGCAUGGAGGGGUGGCUCGCGCGCUUCCCCAUGUUCGACUGGAUCGGAGGGCGCACGUCCGAGGUCUCGGCCGUGGGGCUGCUCCCUGCUGCCUUGCAGGGCAUUGACAUCCGUGAGAUGCUGCGAGGAGCGGGCAUCAUGGAUGAGUCUACCCGCAUUCACAAGAUUCGCAGCAACCCAGCGGCUCUGCUCGCCCUCUGCUGGUACUGGGGAUGCGACGGCAUUGGCGCCAAGGACAUGGUGGUGCUGCCGUACAAGGACAGCCUGCUGCUCUUCAGCCGCUAUCUGCAGCAGCUCAUCAUGGAGUCGGUGGGCAAGGAGUUUGAUCUUGAUGGCAAGCGGGUGAACCAGGGCCUCACGGUGUACGGCAACAAGGGCAGCACGGACCAACACGCCUACAUCCAGCAGCUGCGCGAGGGCGUGCCCAAUUUCUUUGCCACGUUCAUCGAGGUCCUCAAGGACCGCCAGGGCGGCAGGGACUGGGAGCUGGAGCCCGGUGUGACGUGCGGGGACUACCUCUUUGGCAUGCUGCAGGGCACUCGGUCCGCCCUGUACUCGAACAAGCGGGAGUCGAUCACUUUGAGCAUCAAGGACGUGGAUGCGGCCACAGUGGGCGCCAUCAUCGCUCUCUAUGAGCGUGCCACGGGGCUGUAUGCGUCGCUCAUCAACGUGAACGCGUAUCACCAACCAGGAGUGGAAGCGGGCAAGAAGGCAGCAGCUGAGGUGCUGGCGCUGCAGAAGAGAGUGCAGGCAGUGAUCAAUGACGCGAGCUGCAAGGAUCCUGUCGAAGCUCUCACCAUCCAACAGAUUGCCAAGCGAGCACAUGCAGAGGCACAGAUUGAGACCGUAUACAAGAUCAUCCGGCACAUGGCAGCCAAUGACAGGGCCCUUUUGAUUGGAUCGGACAUCAACACACUCACGGUGCUUGCGGAAGAAUGCCCUCCAGAUUCUUAGGUGUCCUAUAUAGAUUGUAGGGCUUCAUGUUUUUUAACCUUUCCAUAACUCCUGUCCCUGUGUUUAAACAUUGAGGUUCACUGUCAAAUGGUUUGCACUCCCAUCGCACC